ACUAAGAGCAUGAAGAGCAAGCAGUAGGUGUUUCUGUUCCAGAAUGUGAGAUCAGCAAUGAUUAGCCAGGGAUUGUUUGUUUUCAACAGGAAGCAUGACACUGUUUGUACUUUCAUUCACAAAAACAAGACAAGACACCAUGACACAUAUUUUAUUUUGUUGCCAUGUUUAUUUGUGAUGCAUUUGUUGGAGAAGGGACAGGGAUGAAACCCAAGCCUUAGUGUUGCUGCGCCAGUGACAAGUAUGUCAAUGUGAUGGGUCGUACGGGGCCAGCUUCACAUCUAUACAUAAUCUAUGUAGCACAUCACAUGCAAAACCAGCACAUGGUAGACAAGUGGCUCUAGGUCAUCGUGUUCAACCGACUGCAGUAUUCAGAUGACGAUCUGGCUAUCAGAUAUGAUAACCAGAUAGGCCUGGAGGUUACCCACUGUACUGAGUCUCUAAAGAUGGGUUGAUUGUUGACCUGUCAGCGUUCUUGGACUGUUUGCAGGUGAAGUUGCAAUCACGAAGUCAUCACAUUUAACCCGCUGUCUGACUGGAACCACGUAAAUUUCUCUUCAUGUACACAGGGAGAAUCCACCAGCCGUAGUUCAGACUGCACAAGCUGACAGACCAUGGCUCACCGAGGGAAGAAUGAGGAGGAUCCGGACUGGAUCGGUGACUAUGAUGUCACCGCCUCAGACACGCACACAGCCGACGAGGCCAUCCCCCUGAGUCAGGAUGAUGAUGAGGCAAUCGUGUGGAUGCCCGAGGUGUUCCCGAGUGACUCCGCCCUUGUGAACGUCGGCAAUGGGGACCGGGAGGAUGAGAACGAAGCAGAACAGUCUGUCCCGGAUCCACAAAUGUCCUUUAUUCGUGAGAUGGACCGCGGUGCAUGCGUCUCUCACCUCUCCUUCCUUCAUGAUGAGGUGGAGAAGAUGUUUGAGAUGCCAAAGAAGUUUGACAUAGAUGAGUUGUCCUCGUCAACCGUUGUACCCGACAGAAACCGUCGACCCAGUGAGGUCACAGUCACAGACAGGCACUUUGAUGAACACGACUAUGCAGUCCACCGCCGAGUGUCCUUUCCCCACACCCAUCAGCCACUGCGCUCCCUCUCCAACAAGUCUCUCAAGACACUCAAACCAGCUAAAGUCAAGAAAAAGAAGAAGAAGAAAAAGAAAAAGAUGCGGAGUUUCCCAUCAAAGGGAGCGUUGAAGUCCCCUCCAAUCCCAGAGGAAGUUGAAGACAAAGAUGACGAUGAUGAUGAUGAGGAGGAGACGGAUGAAUCAGAUGAUAUGGACAUCGAGGAGGAGAGAGAGGAGGAGGGGGAGUUUGUGGGGGGCGGGUCCGUCUAUACGGACCAACCCCGCAAAGCCUCUGCCCCCGGCAUCACUGUAGGCUUCUUCAUCGGAGAGGAAGAUGGUGAGACUUCACCCACUGAGGAAACCAAGGGUUUUCCUGGCGAUUCUAAGACAUCUUCAUCAUCGAGGUUCAAGCGAGCCGGGUCAGAGGAACCCGUGACCUCCGCCAUGCUUGGGUCUGUGAGUGAUGAGCCGCAGGUAUCCCAGCAUGCUGCUAGCUUACAUAUACCACACGGUGGGGGCGGGUCUCGUUUGCGGAAAGACAGUGCUCCACAGGUCAAGUUCUUACUGGGGGAUGACGGCAGUGAGGCCAGCCUGGUUGACAGGGACGACCCGGUGUGGGUGCCGCAACAUCCCAAUGGAGAUGUGCCAGAUGGGGGUGCCCCUCAUGCUUCACAGUCGGACAGCAAGCUGGGGAAACAGAAGCACCGGAAGCACCACCAUGAGCACUUCCGGAAGGAGCACCUGAUCAUGAGGCGGCAACGGGGUUCCGAGGUCCACCUGGACAACAUGGAACAACUGAAGCGGUCGCCCACGGAAACCGAGGAGGCGAUGCUGCUCCAAAAGGCCGACCUGGACAAUUUGGCCAGUCACAGAUUCGAGGAUGUGCGGGGCAUCAGACGGCACAAGAUCAACCGCCAUCGCAGUGCCAUGCAUUCUAUCGUGCAUAUCAGCAAGUUGGCCAAGGAGAAGAAACCGCAUAAGCCCAAGAAGAUUGACCACAGUCCUCAUGAGGUGUUUGUGGAGUUGGACAAGCUUCAUGUUGGCCCGGACCCUGAUGCUGAGUGGGAGUGGAGGGAGAAGGCUCGAUGGAUCAAGUUUGAGGAGGAUGUAGAAGAAGGGGCAGAGAGGUGGGGUAAACCUCACGUGGCCUCCCUGUCCUUCCAUAGUCUUCUGGAACUCAGGAGGGGGCUGGAGCAUGGCACUUUACUGCUUGACCUUGAUGCCAGUGACCUUCAGACCAUCAUCCACCGGGUAGUGGACAACAUGACCAUCACUGACCAGAUCCGAGACCAGGACAAGGGGAGACUAAUCCGCACACUUCUCCUGAAACACAAGCAUGUUAGUGAACGCAGCACGUUUCUGCCCCGAAACGUGUCAUAUUCCAACCUCGUGGGGUUGGAUACAUCCAGACAUUACCACCAGCGCCGGAAGUCAAUGAUUCCAAACUUGUCCCAGGCUAGCUUCGGCAACAUCGGGUCGAGUGCGGACCUCAAGAAGUUGAACGAGGAGUACCUGGGGAGCAGCACGCCUCACCAUGAGGCCGCCAAGCUGGAGAUGGUGAAGGUUGACGUGGAUAACAACAUGACUGAUAGUGUUCACAUAGGAAUCUCCGCUGCAGAGCCCAAGCGGAAUGUGCAGGAUAUUAUGCGACGUAUUCCUGCUGAUGCAGAAGCCAGCAUCGUGCUGGUUGGUAACGUUGACUUCUUGGAGAAACCGGCGGUGGCCUUUGUUCGUCUGGAGGAGGGUCAGAUCCUGGACAACCUCACAGAGGUGCCGCUGCCCACACGCUUUGUGAUCAUCCUUCUUGGCCCAGAGAGUGCCAUGGACUACCACGAAGUGGGACGAUCCAUUUCCACACUCAUGGCCAAUCAGAGUUUCCAUGAAGUGGCUUACAAAGCGGAUUCCAGGGAACAACUUUUGCACGCCAUUAACAGCUUCCUGGACGACUCAAUAGUGCUGCCCCCUGGUGACUGGGACCAGAAGACGCUGCUGCCAAUCAUGGACAUGGCCAGGAAACGUGCCAACCUCCGACAUCGCAAGAAGAAGAAACAAGAGGAACAAACAGGCCUGCUGGAUAAAGAACACAAGAAGAUCCCCACAGAUCCCCUUCUGCGAACUGGCUGUUUGUUUGGCGGCCUCAUCAACGACAUCAAGCGGCGGUAUCCUCACUACGUCAGCGACCUGCGAGACUCCCUCAACCUCCAGUGCCUCAUGGCACUCGUCUUCAUCUUCUUCGCAUGUUUUUCACCGUGUAUCGCCUUCGGCGGAAUCCUCAGUGAGAAGACCAAGGGCAUGAUGGGAGUGAGUGAGACGGUGGUGAGCACGUCGUUGUGCGGCGUGGUGUUUGGCUUGUUUUGUGGGCAGCCGCUGCUGAUAGUCGGGGCCACCGGCCCGGUGCUGGUGUUUGAACAAUCGCUAUACAAGUUCUGUGAUGCUAAUGAAAUUGAGUUCCUGUCGUUCCGGUGCUGGAUCGGCAUGUGGGUGUGUUUCAUCACCACGGUAACGGUGGCUCUGGAAGGAAGCUUCCUCAUCCGCUACGUCACCCGUUUCACCGAGGAGAUAUUUGCCAUUCUCAUCUCGCUCAUCUUCAUCUACGAGGCUAUCAAGAAAGUGGAUAAGACUUUCACCUACCACCCCCUCAAUGCUGUGUUCUGCCCCAAUGACAGCAGUAGUUAUCCUAACCUGUACCACAACGGCAGUAACAUCACCAACAUCACCACUGCUACUGACAACAUCACCACCACCACCCCUGUGUACGAGUCUGAUGACCAUCCUGAACGCCGCAAUGAGCCCAACACCGCUCUCCUCACCACCAUCUUGGUGCUGGGGACUUUCCUCAUUGCCUAUUUCCUAAGGAUCUUCAGGAACAGCAAAUUCUUAGGCAGGAGUGCUCGACGUGCUCUGGGAGAUUUCGGAAUCCUGAUCGCAUUAUUCGCCAUGGUCCUGACUGACUACUGUGUUAAAGACACGUAUACUCAGAAACUAGACAUCCAGGAUUCACUAAGUCCCACGUCCAAGAAGCGGUACGGCUGGUUUGUCAACCCGAUGGGGAGCAAAAAAAGUAUUGAAGUAUGGAUGGUGUUUGCAGCCAUCAUCCCGGCCUUCCUCAUCUUUAUCCUGCUCUUCAUGGAGAUACAGCUCACCGAGGUCAUCCUUAACAAGAAAGAUCGAAGGCUGCGGAAGGGGAGUGGUUUCCACUUGGAUCAAUUUAUCAUGGGAGUGCUGACAUUUGUGUGCGGCCUGCUGGGUCUACCCUGGAUGUGUGCUGCCACCGUCCGCACCGUGGCUCACACCUCCGCCCUCAGCGUCUUCUCUCGAACACACGCCCCCGGAGAGAAGCCCAAGCUGCUGUAUGUCAUUGAGCAGAGGCUGACUAAUGUCAUGGUCAGCUUACUCAUAGGUGUCACCCUGUUCAUGGGCCCUCUGCUGCGAGCAAUCCCGGUGGCUGUCCUGUUUGGGGUGUUCCUGUAUCUGGGGGUGUCCUCGCUGAAUGGAGUGCAGUUCUUCCAGAGGAUCAAACUGCUCCUUAUGCCAGUCAAACAUCAUCCAGAGUUCGGCUUUGUACGCAGGGUGCGGACUCUGAAGAUGCACAUCUUCACAGUGAUCCAGCUGGUGUGCCUGGUCAUCUUGUGGGUCAUCAAGUCCACUCAGGGUGCUCUGGCGUUCCCGUUCGUCCUUCUGUUGCUGAUACCACUGCGACUACAGAUCAUGAGCCGUUUCUUUACCAAACAGGAGCUGCACGAGUUGGACAAAGAAGAGGACGAGUCUGAUGAUGACGAGGAUGAACCUGACUUUUAUCACCAGGUCCACAUGCCAAUAUAACCGCAGGUCUCAAAUCCAUCCAAGUAACAGGUACCAGCUUGUGCAGAAUCUCCUGGAUUACCUUAGAACCUUCCACCAAUCAAAUACAAAACCAUCCUUCCAGCUUUCACUAUACAUUAAUCUUGUCUGCACGACUUUUGCACUAUGGCCAACUGCAAGACUAGGCUGUCAUGGCAAGGCAUUUGUACUAUAACUAGUAUUUAUUACACCAAAAUGUUGUGUGCAAGAAGGGAAUGCAGUUAUGACAAUCAUGUCUGGAAGCCUGUUGGUAACUCUUCAUGAAGACCUCGAAUAUGUUGACCUACAAAACCAUCCUUCCAAGAACAUUUGAUUUUUGUCUCAAGGCUCUGCUGCUAAUUUGUUAAGGCUGGAUCAUGUUGAAGACCAAACACCAAACUGUUGGCACCUCCAACACUGAAAGGCUGAGAAUGAUUCAAAUACUCAGUGUGUGCAUGGAUCCUACGGUGAAGAUGUGAUAGAGUUGUGCUCCUGGAAACCAUUGUACGUUAACGAAGAGGAUUUCAAUUUGUCCGUCUUACAGGAUGAAUUAUGUCAAUCAAUGGAUUUUAUGCUGAAAAAUGGCAUGGCUGCAUUAUAAAUGGUGCUAAUUUUCUCAUUUGAAAAUAAUUCUUUAAUAAUUUGCUUACUGUUGCUGUGGCCUUCCGAGUCUGAGAGCUUUAAGUGAUUCUGAUUUCUUGAAGUUCUGUUCCGUCUGUGUUGUGUGGGCUCAGGUUUGAUAAACAACAGAACUGACCUGUAACAUUUACGAAAGAUCCUAUUUAUAUAUGAAUCGUUCUUAUGACGUUAUUUUUCUUUCAAUAUUUAGACAAAUAGAUUGUUAUUGUUGUUGGUUGCCGUCAAUUGAGGAAACAAUAAGUGCUUUAUACAGUGUGUGUGUUGAUGAGGAUGUAUGCCUGUUUCGUUCUGGGACAUCACCACUGUAUCUAUGUAUGGACCAGAUAAAAGCGUCCCAGAAAGACGCCCAAAACUGACAUGGAACGUCUCUGGAUCAAGUUGAGCUGUUCAACAAAUGAUGUUUGGAGAAGAAAUAUGUUGUGACUGUUUCGUACACUGUGUACAGCUGGCUUGGGAUCAGGACACAGUUCUCGGGACACGGCUCUCGGGACAGUGUUCUCGGGACACAGUUCUCGGGACACGGUUCUCGGGACACUGUUCUUGGGACAUGGUUCUCGGGACACAUUUCUCGGGACACGGUUCUCGGGACACGGUUCUCGGGACAUGGUUCUUGGGACAUAAGGGAUGUAAUUGUGGUAAUCCACACCAUGAUGUUCAGCCUUGAUUGAAGUAUUAUUUGGAAUAUUGAUCUUUAUGUGGAUAUACAACAGAAUCUAGUGCAUUGUUUGAAGCAUCUUUAGAAUCUAGAUCUGUACAUGGAGACAUCAGAUUCCAGUUGCAUUGACGGAAGAGCCUUCUAGAUCUGCACUUAGAUGCUACAACAGACUUGCAGGCAGCAGGAACGGAAUGUUGAGUGUGACAUAAUAGCAGUGUUUUCGCGGUGAAUGUGGCAUGCCGUACAGACUCUAGACACAGCCUGUAGAUUACAGACAAAGGUGCUGGAUCUUCCCAGUAGCAGACUAGAUUCAAUCUGGAGAUGCUUGAUUAGCAUACUACAAAACAGUGAUUGAUGUAACAAGAUAGUUAUCGAUUGAAAUAACAGCCAAUAGUGAGUGAUUCAAGCAGCAACAAGAUAUCGAUUGGUUGAAGUAACAAGCUUCGGAGUGAUUGAAGGGACAAGAAAGUAGCAAAUAACAGAAGUGUCAUGACCAUGUGUGCAGGUGCUUGCUUAGCCCAACAACAAUACAGCUAGUGCAUGAAUUGUCAUCACAACCUGUAUGGCUCCUAAAAUACAUUGUUGUUUGAUUGUGUCAGCAUGCGCAUAAAAGCGACUGCAUUGUUUGUCUCUUGAACACUUGAAGCCUCAUGAUAACUCCGUGGCAUGUGUUAGAAUGGACGGUGUGUGUGACACUUAAGACAAUGUGGACACAGCCCUGUGUUGUCAUGGGCCACAGUGUCCAUGGACUACUUUUUUUACGGAUGUACAUGGCUGAAAGUUGUAGGUGAUGAACGCGUGACUUAUUUGAGCUUUUUAGUCAUCAUUAUCAUUAUCAUCAUCAUCAUCGUCGUCAUCAUAGUCGUCAUCAUCAUCAUCAUCAAUUUCUUAGCAUAAACCAUUGAGUAAAGUAUGUUGAUUUUAAAUCAGCAACACUUCUCACUGGAGAUUAUGAGUAUUGUGUAAAAUAUGUCAAGAAUUCAUGCUAGAGUCUUGAGACUCAUAUUUUAAGAUUAUUUUUUUGUCAUUUUCAUUCAUGAUCAAGAGGUGUCAUCUAAUGGAUGAUGGAACAUAGAAGACAUUGAACCAUCCAGUUGUUAACGAUAUCUUCAUAGAUUAUUUUAGAUAUUUAUUGGCAUAUAUAAUUCUAUAUGUUUGAGUUGCUAUAUUUCUACAUUGAAGAUGUCACCACAGCAUGUGAGCAAUCAUGUCUCCUGGUGCCAUGGUUACCACUAUGGUUGGUUUCAAAUAGCCGGUGAUAGUAUUGAGACUGGCUUUGACUUGUAGGCCAAUAUAGAUAGAUUUCCCCACAUUUGAGGGCGCACAACUGCAUGUACCUCACCUCCCAACAUCAGACAGGGUAAUAUUCAGGAUUUCAUCA